AGGUGCAUCAUAAAAUAUGGUAAACAACACUGGGGCCUUGAAGGAUAGCUUAGAGAAAACACCAGCCUUUCUGCAGAGAUAACUGUUUAAUUUGCAGCGAAUCAGAAGAAGGUGUUUCUCGAGUUACUCGAUUCCGAACCUGGAUCCUGUUCUUGGUUUCCUUUUGGUUUGAUUACAAUAGCUUUAGCCAGUUAGCCAGAAAUGGUUCGCUAGCCAGAUUAAGCUGAAUGUUGCUGAGCAAGACGGACUCUCUGCAAGCAUUUAUGAUUUAUGAGUUAUUUACUCAGGUCUUUAAAUAGCUGGUUGCACUUCUUCAAGGAAAAAGACGUUUCCUGUGUUUUCUGCAAGUACAGAAGAACAUUUACCUAGUCAUGCAAACCCAGCUCAUACACAUGAGUGCUAUUUUCUCCUGGCGCUGGGCCAAGUGCCAUGCCUGACCGGGACAGUUCCUACCUGUCAGGUGGUGGUGGGAGUGCUGGUAGUCUGAGUGAAGAAGGAGGAGCUGUGUCUGGUUUGGCAGGGGGUACGGCAGAGGGCCGAGGAAGUUCAGGAGGAAGUGUUGGAGGCAACGUGUCUGGCUCUGGGAGCAUGGGGGGCGGAGGGGCGCUUGGAAAUGGUAAUAGCUGUGGGAAUGGUGGGAGUGGGGGGCAAGGUGCUGGAGUGGCACCAGACGGUGUCUGCAGGGACUUUAUACGCAAUGUCUGCAAAAGAGGGAAGCGUUGCCGCUUCAGACACCCAGACUUCAAUGAGGUGCCAGACUUAGGUGUGCAAAAGAAUGAAUUUAUCUUCUGCCAUGACCACCAGAAUAAGGAGUGUAUGCGCUCCAACUGUCGCUUUGUCCAUGGAUCUAAAGAUGAUGAGGACUAUUACAAGAAAACAGGAGAGCUACCCCUCAGACUAAGAGGAAAAGUUGCAGCGCGACUGGGCCUGUCCCCUAUGGAUCUCCCCCAUAGCCGUGGUGAGGUCCCUAUCUGCAGAGACUUUCUGAAAGGCGAGUGCCAGAGGGGCAAUAAAUGUAAAUUUCGGCAUGUCAAAAAAGACUAUGAAUAUGAGCCUGCCAGGGUUGGAGUGGGUGGUGUUGUGGGGCCGGGCGCCAGUGGAAUGGUGAAUGCUGGAGUAGGGAUAGGUGGUGGAGGAGGUGGAGCUUGUGUAGGGAUGCAGGGACUUGUGGGAGGUGGGGGCGUUGUUGGAAGUAAUAUAAUGGGGAUGGGUUGCCCCAGCUUGGGUGGGUGCAGGGAUCCAGGUAUCUCAGGAGUUGGAGGAAUGGGUGGAGUUGGGAUGAGUGGUUGUCUGUCAAUCAGUUCUGCAGGUCAGCGACGUUAUGACAGGAGCUCGGGCUCUGUGUAUGACCCUCUACUAGAGAGUGGACUGUUUGAUGCCAGUGCCCUGGAGGCCUCUAUGGACCACACUGCUCUACAGCUGAAGAGGCGGAGGUUGGAAGGGCUGCGCCUGGAUGGGAGUGGAGGAGGCCUCUAUGAGCUGGGAGUUCAAGCUACCUUGCAGCCAAGGCCUCUGGAGUACAGAUUCCUGGAGGAGGAAAAUUCACUACUGAGGAAGAGGGUGGAAGAGUUGAAGAAGCAGGUUUCUAAUCUCAUUGCCACAAAUGAGGUUCUUCUGGAACAGAACGCCCAGUUCCGAAGCCAGGCCAAAGUGAUGACGCUGUCUUCCACUCCUGCACCAACUGAACAGAGUCUGGUGCCCCCUGUGGGUGCAGUAAGUUCCUAUAACCACGGCAUUGCCCAGACGCACACCACCCUGAGCAGCGCAGGACUGCAGCCUCGGUCUGUCAUCCAGCAAGACCUUGUAGCUUCUACUGGUGCCCCUUCAGCUCCCCCAACUAAUGCUGCCCCACCUACAGCCCCCCCACCCCACCUCAACCCUGACAUCACCCCCCUCUCAGCUGCCCUCGCACAGACCAUUGCCCAAGGGAUGGCACCACCUGUUUCUAUGGCACCGGUAUCUGUGUCUGUGGCACCGGUGGCGGUAUCCAUGACGCAGCCUUUGCCUGGCAUCACCAUGAGUCACGCGACCACCCCAAUGGUGUCUUACCCCAUUGCGAGUCAAAGCAUGAGGAUUACCACACUGCCUCACUGACUGAUAAGGAGCUAGACCGUUAUAGCCAAAAGUCAAAAAGUAGCAUCCUUGAAAGACAUUUUUAACAUAGAUUACUUUCUUUUAUAUGUAAGAAACUAAACUCGUGAAGAACAGUGUUUGGGUACAGACACAAUACCUCUCCAGCAGAGGGCAGUAAAGACUUUUCUGCACAGCCUCUAACUCUACGCUUUCCAGCAACAUCAUCAAUGCAUUUUUCCUACAGACUGACUGUCCUGUGAGCAGGUGCUGUGAGGUUAUCUGCUCACACAUUGCUAUAAAAAGAGCAACAAGGUGCACAUAUAAAAGUCGUCCAUAUUGUUUGAACUAUUUCUGAAAGACUGAUGCACUGUCUUUGAGGGGGACAUAAAACUGGAAACAGCUUGUGUUUAUAUUUUUGUGGUCCGCUCUGGUGUAAAAUAACUUUCUUACUUUGCACAUUUAAAAAAAAAAAAACAACUCACAACAAUAAAUGUGUUGUCUGUA